AUUGGCACAAGGCCGUUCUUUGCCUAAUCCUUCUCGCACAGCUAGCAGCAUUCUUCGCCUGUUGCUUUCUGAUGUGCGCAUUAUGUUUCCGCAUAGCGUCACUUGUGUCUUGUGCGCUUCUACUUAUUGCUACAACGCUCUCCAGUGUGGGCGCAGCUACAUUCUUCAUUUAUUCCCACAAAGUGGAGUUUCGGUUUGUGCAAGGCAUAACCCGUACAUACGAACAGAAGUGCGGCUACUCCUUUUAUUUGGCGCUAUCCUCAUGCGUCACUUUUCUUUUCGCAUUUCUUUGCUCAGUAUUUUGCACUGUGAUGGUAUUUCUGAAUGCGCGCAAUCGGUGGCGGCAACCGAAAAAUUACCCACAUAUCAACAGCGCUGUGUAAAA